AUGGAGAUGCGCGCCUUUCCUCCAGUCUCAGUCUCAGAGUCAUCUUCAUCAUCAUUGCGUGUGGUCGUUAACCCUUCGCUCCCCUCGUCAUUCCAUGCUACUACUAGGACUUGUCAAACCGCUGCCCUUGCUCGAUUAUUUACACCGCCUCGUCUGCUCUGUUCCUCUUCCAACAACAACAACAACACCAAUUCUUCUACCCUACUGCCUCCUGAGGACGACGAUGACGACAGCGACGGCGUCGUCGACGAUUUGUCGAAAUCGCAAUCGCAAUCGUCGAUAUGUACGGAUGGUGUGCAGAUAGAGAUGGAGAGGUUCGGAGACAAGGGUCGGAGAAUCCUAUCCAGAGUUGCAAUCCAGGCCCCACUGGAGAUUGUGUGGAAUAUAUUGACCGAUUACGAGAGAUUGGCGGAUUUCAUUCCCGGUCUUGCCGUCAGCCAGUUGCUUCACAAGACUUCCAAUUCUGCUCGACUCUUUCAGAUUGGAGAACAGAAAUUGGCAUUUGGGCUGAAAUUCAAUGCUGGAGGAAUUAUAGAUUGUUAUGAAAAAGAACUUGAGAGCCUUCCUUUUGGACAGAAGCGUGAUAUUGAAUUUAAGAUGAUAGAAGGAGACUUUCAAAUCUUUGAAGGAAAAUGGUCAAUUGAACAGGUCUUUAAUGCAGGGAAGAAAGUAUUCUAGCUUGGAAACUUGAAUCGGGUUUGAGGAUUUUAUGGUAUCGCUAUUAAGCUGUUUAGGUAAUCUAGAUAUUGUGACUAUGAACUCAGAGGCAGUAACAAAAUAAUGGAGUUCGUUGGUAGCAGGGAUUCUUAUGUGUUGAGAGUUUUCUGGAUAUGUAACUAAUCCAAGAGUAUAUGGUUAUGCCUGCUUGGCCACUUUGAAUAAAUUAAAGAGAUAUUAUGCAAUUAAUUCAUCAUGAUGGGGUGUUGAGUGAUGCAGGUGGACAGAGGAAGAGAAGAUGAUUCAGGGAUAGACCAAGAAAUACAUACAACUCUCUCGUAUUUAGUUGAUGUAAAGCCAAAGUUAUGGUUGCCCGUAAGGCUCGUUGAGGGAAGACUCUGCAAUGAGAUUAAAGUGAAUUUAGCAUGUAUCCGAGAAGAGGCUCGGAAAGCAGUCUUUUAAUUUCACUAGUUGUACAGAUAAAUAUCAUUUACAAUAGUGAAUUUUUUAUUUA